UUUAGGGAAACGAAAACAAAUUUUCCAGAACGCGGGAGAGAAGACGACACUCCACUCUAGCGGCCAUUGUUGCUCUCAACGAAGCUCCACAAGGAAAUGUCGCCGGGCGUUCGCCAGCUGACGGUGCUUGGCAACUUCAAGCCCUUUGGUCUCAUCGCCGAAGCCCUUGACGGAAAGCCCGCCCACAGCGUUCCUAAUCACUACGAUUACUUCCUUUUUGAUCCAGAGAUUGCUCGGGAGCGCGAUGAAACUGACGGUACCAUUGCUUCCUGCCUUUCCACCAGCAAUCAAAGUGAUCACGAGCUGUUUAUUAGAGGAAACCGAAUCAUUUGGUCUACUGGUGCGAGAGUGUUUAAGAGGUUUACUUUACCGUCGCCAAUUAUCAAGGUUUGCUGGUGUCGUUUGGGGGAUUUGACUGAAGCUCUUCUUUGUGUCCUGCAAACUGCUUCUUUAACUAUUUACAAUACUUCAGGUGAAGUUGUAACCAUUCCUGUUUCUCGUACCAUUACAUCAAUAUGGUCAUUUCCAUUUGGUUUAUUGAUGGAACAAGCAGUUGAAACAAAUUCACCUGUUCAUGUUCCAUUUUUAUCCUCAAGCCCGUUAGUAGGCAUACGUGAUAUAGCUCGUGCUCGAAGAGAUACUGGACAUAGUCCACAAAGCAAUGCUUGUUUUACUAGUACAUUUGAACAUGUUUUCAAAGGUGACACAAGUUCUGUAUCCACACAUCUGAUCCUGAAGGAUCCUUUAGAAUCACCACAGCCAGCUUACAUCGAGGAAAGAGGAAAAUUGAACAUCAUGAAGGAAUUUGAUGAAAGAACAAUUUGGACAAGUGAUCAGAUUCCUUUAAUGGCAUCUUACAAUAGAGGAAAAAUGCAGCACUCUGUAUGGGUUGCUCAUUACAUGAAUUCUAACCACGUAACGGAAAAUACUAGCUCAUCAGAUGCAGUCCCUGAUGGUGUAUUACCAAAAUAUUUAUCUUUUCAAAGAAUAUGGCAAGGGAAGGGUGCCCAGACUGCUGCUUGUAAGGUCUUUUUGGCGACUGACGAUGACACUUCUCCUAUUAUAUGUUUUCUUCAUAAAGAACAAAAGAAAUUGUUUUGUAUAAGGCUUCAAAGCGCUGAAAUAAAUAAUGAGAUUCCCUUCGACAUUAAACCUGACAUCAGUUGGAGCAUAUCUGCCGUUGCAGCUGCAUCUGUGCGUGUAACGCGUCCAAGAGUUAUGGUGGGCCUUCUACCUUAUUCAGACGUCAUCGCUUUGGCCCCGGACAAUUAUCUUUUUCUCUAUUCAGGGAAGCAAUGCUUGUGUCGUUACAUGCUACCUCCUAUGUGCAAAGGACCGUUAACACACAUUUCAGAGCUUCCUGAUACAGCAUCUGUUUCCCACGAGUCCAAAAUAAUUGGAUUGACUGAUGCUGUCGAGGAGCGUCUCAACAUAGUAACAAACAAUGGUCAGAUAUUUAGGUGUUCAUUACGCAGAAGUCCUCUGUCUUUGUUGGUCAGUGAUUGCAUUACAGCGUUGGCUGAGGGGCUUACUACUUCCCUUUACAACCACUUUUUUGGUCUUCUUUGGGAAGAUGGAGAAUCUUCCAGUUCAGCAGAGGGAAACUCUAUUUUAACCACAGAAUGGGACUCCUUUAGCAGUGUUAUUAUGCAAAUAUGCAAGAAGUAUAAUGGUCUUCAAAAAGAUCUUUCUAAUUUGAAGCCACGCACAUCAUGGGAGUUUCUUGUGAGCAGCAAAUUUCACAAGAGCUUUGGGGAGCGUAAUUUUAUUGAUAGUACAUGGCAUGAAACGUCAAGUGAUACACACAAAUUGGAGCCUUCUUACAAAACUCUAGACACUACUCAGAUUUCAGAGAAAUCAUUUUACUCUCAGUUAUUGGCAGAUAGUCUUGAUUGUUUGCAUGCAGUGUAUGAGAAUUUGAAACUCGAGAAGCUUCGCAAACGGGAUUUGGAACUUCUGUCAACAUUGUUAUGUGAUAUCUCAUGGUUUCUCGGUCAGCAAAGCUAUUUGGAUCACUACAUUCGUGAUUUCCCUUGUCUUGCUAGACGAGUUGGAGUCUGCAUAGCCACAAAUUCUCAGAAAAAACCUCCUAGUUUAUUCAGAUGGCUGGAGAAUUGUUUGCUACAUGGUCAUUGUUCUGCUAAAUUAAUUGACCUACCACCUUUAAUUCUUAAUGAGGAAAGUUCUGUGGUAAGCUGGGCAAGGAAAAUAGUCGUGUUCUAUAGUUUGCUAGCUGGUUCAAAGCAGACAGGGAAAAAACUUUCUACUGGUGUUUACUGUAAUAUUGCAAUGGGAUCACAUAGCACAAAUGAGGAGCUUGUGGUUUUAGCAAUGGUUGGGGAGGCAUUUGGGCAGCAGCAGCUGGACCUAUUGCCUUCCGGUGUAUCUCUUCCCUUGAGACAUGCAUUGGAUAAGUGCCGGGAAUCUCCCCCAAAUGAUUGGCCUGCAACUGCUUAUGCACUUCUUGGUCGGGAAGAUUUAGCCAUGUCCAGUUUGGCAUGUUCUUGCAAACAUAAGGAAUUUGAAACACAAACAAAUAUGAAUUUAAUUUCUAUGUCCACUCCAUACAUGCUGCAUCUACAUCCUGUAACAAUUCCUUCAGCAGUCUGUGAUACAAUGGGAUUGGAUGCGGGCAAGAUUGAGGAUGCAGAUUCUAUUGAAGGAUCUACAACCGAUGGUAUGGAGCAUAUUUUUAACUCUAGCACGCAGUUGCAAUAUGGUCGGGACCUAAGAUUAAACGAGGUUAGAAGACUUCUGUGCUCUGCAAGGCCUGUUGCAAUUCAGACAUCUGUUAACCCUAGUGCUUCCGAUCAGGACCUGCAACAGGCUCAGCUUUGGCAACUUGCACAAAGAACGACUUCCCUUCCAUUUGGCCGUGGUGCAUUUACUCUUGCAACCAUAUAUACUCUUUUAACAGAGGCCUUUGUAGUCCCAAAGCUUGUAUUGGCAGGGAGGCUGCCUGCACAACAAAAUGCAACGGUUAAUCUGGAUCCAAAUGUCAGGAAUGUAGCAGAGAUCAGAACAUGGCCUGAGUUUCAUAAUGCCGUUGCUGCUGGGCUAAGAUUGGCCCCUCUCCAGGGUAAGAUGUCGAGGACGUGGAUUAUUUAUAAUAGACCUGAGGAGCCCAAUGCUGUUCAUGCUGGACUUCUUCUUGCUCUAGGAUUACAUGGUUAUCUGUGUGUUUUAACAAUUACUGAUAUAUACCAAUACUAUGCACCGCAACAUGAAGCCACAACAGUGGGAUUGAUGCUUGGCUUGGCUGCCUCUUACAGGGGCACGAUGCAACCUUCAAUAUCUAAGUCUCUUUACGUUCACAUACCUUCGCGCCAUCCAUAUUCCUACUCAGAGUUGGAGUUGCCAACACUUUUGCAGUCAGCAGCUCUAAUGUCCUUGGGACUUCUUUAUGAAGGAUCAGCACAUCCACAAACAAUGCAGAUACUUUUGGGAGAAAUAGGCCGACGAAGUGGGGGUGAUAAUGUUCUUGAACGGGAGGGUUAUGCUGUUUCAGCAGGCUUUUCCUUGGGUCUUGUUGCACUGGGUCGAGGCAAGGAUUCAGUUGGUUUUACAGAUUCAAUAGUUGAUCGGUUAUUCAACUACAUUGGUGGAAAAGAAGUUUGUAAUCCAGAAAUUUCACUUUUCUCUACCGAGGAGCAUAACCGUAUGAUCACGCAGAUGGUGGAUGGAACUGUGGUCAAUGUUGACGUCACCGCUCCUGGAGCUACAAUUGCCCUUGCGCUAAUGUUCUUGAAAACUGAGUCUGUUACGAUUAUGUCAAAGCUGUCUAUCCCUCAGACAAAUUUUGACUUGCAAUAUGUGAGACCUGACUUUAUCAUGAUUCGUGUCAUAGCUAGAAAUCUUAUAAUGUGGAGCAGGGUUCAUCCAUCCAGAAAUUGGGUCGAAUCUCAGAUUCCAGAAAUUGUUAAGAAUGUUGUCAAGUGCCUCAAGGGUGAUGAUAAUGAUACUGAUGAAUUGGAUGCCGAGGCAUUUGUUCAAGCAUAUGUCAACAUAAUAAUUGGAGCAUGUAUUUCUCUUGGUUUGAGGUUUGCUGGUACAAAGAAUGGAGAUGCGCAGGAGUUACUUUAUAACUAUGCUGUCUACUUUCUAAAUGAGAUCAAGCCUAUAUCAAUAGAAAAGGAAAAUCCCUUCCCAAAGGGACUGUCUCGCUACAUUGAUCGAGGCACUUUGGAGACGUGUGUCCAUUUAAUUGCUCUUUCUUUGUCUGUGGUAAUGGCUGGCUCUGGAAAUUUACAAACCUUUCGUCUCUUAAGGUUCUUGCGCAGUAGAAAUUCUACCGAUGGUCAUGCUAACUAUGGCAUUCAGAUGGCAGUAAGCUUAGCUAUUGGAUUCUUGUUUCUUGGGGGAGGUAAACGGACGUUCUCAACUAGUAAUAGUGCUGUUGCUGCAUUGCUGAUAACUCUUUACCCACGCUUACCUACUGGUCCAAACGACAACCGAUGUCACCUCCAGGCAUUCCGACAUUUGUAUGUUCUUGCAACUGAGGCUCGCUGGAUUCAGACCGUUGAUGUAGACACUGGUCUGCCGGUCUAUGCUCCUCUUGAAAUCACUGUAACAGAAACUGAACAUUAUGCUGAAACUACAUUUUGUGAGAUUACCCCUUGUCUUCUACCCGAGCGUGCUACUUUAAAGAACCUACGCAUAUGUAGUCCUCGGUAUUGGCCUCAAGUUAUGGAACUUGCGCCAGAAGAUAAACCUUGGUGGAAUGUUGGGGAUAAGAAUAAUCCAUUUAGUUCUGGUGUUUUAUACAUCAAGCAGAAAGUUGGAGCUUGUUCGUACAUUGACGACCCUAUAGGUUGUCAAUCAUUGUUGUCACGAGUGAUGCACAAGGUUUUUGGGUCCAGAGGUCUUUCAUCACGCAAUUUGAGUAAUAAUGGCCCUACCAGACCUAGCUAUGCAAGUGUAGAUCAGCUGAUUGGUACCUUCUCUUCAGAUCCCAGUUUGAUUGCAUUUGCACAACUGUGCUGUGACCCUUCAUGGGAUGGCAGAUUGGACGUCGAUUUUCAGGAAUUUUGCUUGCAAGUUCUGUUUGAGUGUGUGAGCAAGGACAGACCAGCUCUUUUACAGGUUUAUUUGUCAUUAUACACAACAGUAUCCUUGAUGAUUGAUCAGGCCAAGGGCGGUGAGGUUAUUGUUGGUGACUCACUCUGUAUUUUUGACCUAAAGCUUGCGAUAGCGUAUAAUGAGGCUCUGUUGAGUGGAAAAUUGACCAGUUCAAGAGGCAGCAUUGUGCAAUCUAAUUUUUUGGGGUCUCUCAGAAAGCGAGUAGAAGAAAUACUAAGUUAUUGUCAGGGCUUGAAAAACGAUUUUCACAAUUACUUGGAUUCUGGAAGGUGGCCAAGUGGAGAUAUACAGGGAGUUAGAAGUACAGUAUUCUUAUCUUGGUAUCUUCAGUGGUAUAGCAUACCAGACUCAUCUUUAAUCAAGACAGCCAUGGGAAAAAUAAAACCAAAAUUUCAAUCAUCAUCUGUAGUUCCCUUGUUGCACUUGCUAUUUCCACGAACCGAUAUAAAUGCAAUUCUCGAGAUGGACAAGGCUUUAUUUUCUGCGUAAGGCGCUCAGAUGCUUCCUGAAUGAGGUUAAUGGAAAAGAGAGUUGCGAGUAGACAUUCUCUCCAGGUAGAUUAAUGAUUGCAUUUUGUUCUCAGAUGGUGAAGAGCUAAUUGGUUGUGGUCUAAACCAACCGAGUACGAGGCAUAGGCAAUCUGAAAGCAGUUUGACCCAAUGAAAUAUAAGAUUAUAAAAAAGCAUAAUUGAGUGGUUUGGAUGCUUGGCCUGCCAUUUGAGUUUCAGACUUUUGAGAUUCAGCUCUGACCAAGAAAUGGUAGUGUGAGCAAUUCAGGCCUCAAUAGAAAUAUGUAUCUCUGUUUUUCUGUGAGCAACAUCAUUCUUAAGGUAAUGUUAGCAAGCCAUUAGUCAAUGUUGGUGGUAACUGUUGACUACAUGUAGAGUAUACUUAUUUCUUAGAAAACUAGCAGGUUUUGUGUAGUGAAUUUGCUCGGUAUGCUCCGUAAACUGGGUCUACGAGCUUGGGCGGAGAAGUAGCGGAACCCUUACUCAAAUUCAGUGAAGACUUGGGUUCCAAGCCUGGUCAUUCAACAGGGCACAAGUUGUAGCUUUGAUGUGUAAAUUAAAAAGCAUAGAGUUGAAAUUUCCUGUCAAAAGCAAUAUGGUUUUAAACAUUUCAUUCAUUUUGUAAGUUAUGAUUUUUCUCUCUAGGUUCUAUUUAAAUCAAACAAUGAGUGUUCCACAUAACUAUUAUAAGAAGAAAAAUUAUCUUGAAUACA